GUGUAAGGAAUGAUCCCAGGCACCUCCAUCCUUCCUGGAAUGAGAGAAAGUGUUUAUACAAGCCAUGAAAUAUUUCACUCUCAGAAAUGUCUGCACUGUGUGGCAGUGGUCACUCAUGGGCCCCACUGAACCUGUUGGUACUAUGGGUGCGUCACGGUUGUAAAUUGCAUGAUUGUCACAGCUAGUAGGCUUCCAGGGACUCUGAAGUAGUUACCUCUCCCUAACAGUUGUCUGGCUGCUAGCUCACCAGGGUUCAUAUCGCUUACCUGCAAAACAGCUUGCAGUCUGUGUGUAUGGCUCUAAGUAAGUGAAAUGCAGUUAAGAAAAUCUGAGUAGGAUCAGGAUUAAAAAAAAAAAAAAAGAGAGAGAGAAAAAAAAGACUGCUUUGCAAGCAGGCCUGAUUCCCUUACCUAAUUUUGUAUUGGGUUCAAAGCUUUCAGGAGGACUGUUGGUGGUACUUUGGGGCAGAAGCAGAAGAUAGUGCCUCUCAUAGAGAUAAAGCAUCAACCAGUAUCACUGGCUGCACUGGAGAAAAUUUUGACAUUGCAGCUGUAUCUGCAUUGGGGUUUUAGUUCAGAUCAUGAUAAGCUUUUGAAGCAAAUUUCCCAGUUGCCACCACUCAUUGCCUUUUGCUUUUUGCUUUGUACUUCAGAGCAUUUUAGAGUGCACAAACUGGAUCCUUUUCCACAAAAAAAUCAAGUGGAGUUGUCCACCUAUGAGGGAACCUUUGACCUGUGGAACCAGCUGAGAUCUAGUUUAAAGAAAUCCCUUCCCAAACACGAGGUGCGGAUGCAGAGUCCUCGGCACUGGUUGCUUUAGGGUUCAUCUCUGUUCUCACUAGGUUGCAGAGCAUGCUAAUGUAGAGGUAACCCGACGGCCUGGGAGAUUCAGGGAGAUUCAUCAUUGUUUUCCAACACAAUCAGAUCAGUGGGUGUAAAAGGAGUAAUGAAAUUUUUGCAGUACAUGAAAUUUUCUCACUUCUAAUGUAAGCAGCGCAGGCUUUAGCAGCUUUUACUCGGCACUACUGUGCUUGUAUGCUUUGUUAGCCUAACACUAAACAUGAUAGCUUUUCUGGAGGAGGUACUGACCUUUUAAAAAUGUUCCAUAAUGACAAGUGUCUUGCUGGAGGAGGAUAAUGUGGUUGUCCAGUAUAUGCCUUGCUAGCAUGGUUAAAACAAAUUUUAAACACAAGAGUAGUCAGCAUACAGUUUUAGGCAUGUGAUCUGACUCACAUCUUCCUCUUUCUUUUUUUUUUUUUUUUUUUUUUUUUAGAACAAAAUUUGUUAUGUGUUAACUUAAAUACGUGCAUUUAAGAGAGAGAAAAAAAUUCUAAAUGAGAACGUAAUUUGCUUAGUCCUCCACCAGAUGUCCCUACUGUAAACCGUUGGGAGUACAUUUAUUUGCACACCAAAUGGUUUUGUUACAAGGUGAGACAGGAGCAGUGAGCAGUGCCAAGUGUGGUACCUGAGGUGCCAGCUGCUCUGGGGAGGCAGACGGUGAGUGAAGGCAGGAGAGGAAGGUAUGGAGCCUCUCCUACCUACUGAUACUAUUUACUUGUGCUGUGCUUACUGCCUGAAAGAUGCACACUGAUGCACUUUUUUUUUUUUUUUUUUUAAUUGGGGAAAAUAAAAAUAAGUCAGAAUAGCUGGAAAAAUGAUGUAGCUGGGAAGGACUUUACACUUUAACAUAGUGAUGCUGUCUGGGGUUUAUUCGGGUCUGAGGAACCUGCAGAACUGGUAUCUUCAUAAAAACUUCACGUCCAUCUGUAACACAAGGAACAGCGCAGGCACAUGAGGGUUUUUUAAAUUACCUCUAACAGGAAAAUGAAGCAGUCCUGAGGAAGAAGUGGCUGUGUCUAUUAGAAGUGUGAAUCGACAGGUGUGAGUACUGCAUUCCUUCACGAACACAACAUACGCUACAACUGUAAUAAAGGAGGGUCACAACUCUAGAAAUGGGCUCUCCUGCACUCACACACGCAAAGCUUUUGAAUUGGCUGCUGUUGCUGCUGUUGACUCUGCUAUGCCCUCCUGCUGCUGCUUAUUUAGAUGAGCCCAAGUCGAGCAGUAGUUUGUUGCCUCACUAUGAACCUGGCCAUGAGGAUGCUGUUGGUUCUCUACAAGAGAAGAGGUUACAAGUUUUCACCGUGGACUAUAACUAUGUGCAAAUUCCCUAUGAAGUUACUCUUUGGAUACUCCUUGCUUCUCUUGCAAAAAUAGGUUUCCAUCUCUACCACCGAUUACCAAGACUCAUGCCCGAAAGCUGCAUCCUGAUUGCCAUCGGAGCACUGGUUGGAGCGAUCAUCUUUGGUACCGAUCACAAAUCCCCACCAGUGAUGAACACAAGUAUUUACUUCUUGUAUCUGCUUCCACCUAUUGUCCUGGAAGAGGGCUAUUUCAUGCCAACUCGCCCAUUUUUUGAAAACUUUGGGUCCAUUCUGUGGUGGUCUGUGCUGGGAUCUCUGCUGAACUCAUUUGGGAUUGGUCUCUCCCUCUAUGGUGUGUGCCAAAUUGAAGCCUUUGGCCUGACUGACCUGAACCUGCUGCAGAACCUGCUCUUUGGCAGCAUGAUUUCGGCUGUGGAUCCUGUGGCAGCUCUGGAAGUUUUUGAAGAAGCCUCUGUUAAUGAGCAGCUUUAUAUGAUGAUUUUUGGAGAGUCAUUGCUAAAUGAUGGCAUAACUGUGGUAUUAUAUAACAUCUUCAUCGCCUUCACCCAGAUGCACAGGUAUGAAGAGAUUGAAUCCAUCGACAUCCUUGCUGGCUUUGCUCGCUUCUUCGUGGUGGGGCUGGGUGGUAUGCUGUUUGGCAUCGUCUUUGGAUUUGUUUCAGCACUCAUGACUCGAUUCACCCACAACGUUUCUGCUAUUGAACCUUUGCUGGUCUUCAUGUUCAGCUACCUGUCAUACUUGUCUGCUGAAACCCUUUACAUCUCAGGAAUUUUGGCCAUGACAGCAUGUGCAGUGACUAUGAAGAAAUACGUGGAGGAGAACGUUUCUCAGAAUUCCUAUACGACAAUAAAAUACUUCAUGAAGAUGCUGGGCAGCGUCAGUGAGACCCUGAUUUUUGUAUUCAUGGGAGUGUCUACAGUGGGAAAAAACCACGAGUGGAACUGGGCCUUCAUUUGCUUCACUCUGCUUUUCUGCCUCAUUUGGCGAGCACUGAGCGUAUUUGCUCUCUUCUAUAUCAGUAACAAGUUCCGAACGUAUCCCUUCACUGUGAAAGACCAACUCAUUAUUUCCUACAGUGGUCUUCGAGGAGCCAGCAGCUUCUCUCUUGCGUUCUUGCUCCCAGUGAACCUCUUUCCAAGGAAAAAUUUGUUCAUUACUGCUACACUUGUAGUUAUAUACUUUACAGUAUUCAUCCAGGGAAUCACAAUUGGACCAUUGGUCAGAUAUCUAGAUGUUAAAAAGACCAACAAAAAGGAGUCCAUCAAUGAAGAAAUUCACAUGAGAUUGAUGGAUCACUUCAAGGCUGGUAUUGAAGACGUAUGUGGACAUUGGAGUCAUUAUCAGCUGAGAGAUAAAUUUAAGAAGUUUGACAAUAAGUAUUUGAAGAAAAUUUUAAUUCGGGAGCAUCAACCCAAAUCCAGCCUUGUGUCAUUAUACAAAAAGAUGGAGAUAAAACUGGCCAUAGAGAUGGCUGAGAAUGCCAUGGAAAUUUCAAAAUCAUCCACAGCUUCUUUACAGAGCUGUAGAAAUCGGCGUGUGCACAGGCUCUCCCCUGCUGAGGUGGAGUCCAUGAGAAAUGUCCUGACACAUAACCUAUACCACGUGCGACAAAGGGCACCGUCAUACAACCGCCACAACCUGCCCACCAACACCAGAGAGAAACAAGCCCAGGAAAUCCUCAUCCGUCGGCAGCACAGCCUGAGGCAGAGUUGCAGAAAGGGAAACAGCUUACCUUGGGGUAGACCGGUUAGCACCACGGGCGCACGCUACCUCUCCUUGCCGCAGGGCCAUGGCCAGCCCACUUGGCGAAAAGCCAGGCACGUUACUUUUACAGAUCACCCCAGAAGCGACUCUGAGGCUGGCAUCCCAGUAAGGUUCAGACCCCAGCCGCUCAGACUACGGCCGCUCGAAGCAAAGCACCACCAGGAGGAGCUGAUUCCAAUGGCACACUUAGACAGACGUGUGUCUGCCCAUCCAAUUUUUCAGGUCAAAGAGGAAAUUCAACCAGUCAGCAUCGUUUAACCAGAGCAGACAAUCUAGCUCUAAUGCCAAAAACUCGAUUCAAUGAGGGAGAAGUUGAGGGCUAUGAGUCAGAAGAGACAGAAACAAUGGCACCAGCCAGGCCAUUAGAUAUAUGAGGAGCAGAGAAGAGUGAUGUUCACAUCUCUUGGGUCCUCUGCGCGCUGCUCCAGAGAAAAUAACAGAGCUCUUAUAUGAACCAAACCACAAAUUUCCUUUUGGGACCAGUGCACUCAUUCUUGUAUCACUUUCAAACACUGUAUCAAGGUACUUAGUGGCUCAGAGAAGAAUCAAAUUAUUAUAUGUUUAUGUAAAGUUUACUUUUCAACAAAGCACUGUAGGAAAGAGGGGAAUAUGGUCUUUGUAGGGGUUUGGACAUGGAUUUAAAUGACAAUAGUUGGGCACAGGUGGUACUAUAGAUGGGAGCUGAUAAUGUCUUCCUCUGUUCUGUAUUAUGACUUAAAUCUGGGUGACAGAAAUACUGAAGGACAUGGUUAAUACAUGGGUGGCCAAAUUGGUAACUUCAAUUUGCCUAGAGCUUUGAAUGUCAGAUUAGUUGAGAUAUUUCAGAUAUAGGUGAAAAACAGGCAUGUUUAGGGCACCUAAAUGUCAAUGAAGAUGCCUAAAAGGAUAGUUAAAUCAAAAGGAUGUUUUAGUGGAUAUUUGCAGCACUUGAAUAGCAUCUCAGGCUUUUCAUUUUUCACAACAAAACAAAACAAAACAAAACAACAAAAAAAAAUUUUGCAUGUUUCAAGUCAAUUGCUGUGAAGGUUCAUGGCUCCUGUGAUUCAACCAACUUCAGCAUGGAGACACUUGUAACCCAUCUCCAGUUGUUUUGGAUGAGGAAAGGAGGCAUCCUGUACUUACAAAUCCAGAGAGGAUUCUUCAGCCAUGGGUGCUAUUGGAAGGCCAGCACAAAGCUCAACAGUUUCAUUUGCAAACAUGGGUCUGCAGGAAUGUGAACAGUAGUCCUGUGGUUAUAGCUCUAGUCUAGGGAGCAAGAGGCUUCAGUCACGGAGCAUCUAACCUCCCUCCCUCUCUCCCACCUUGCUGGAGCUGCCCAAAUUGCUAGACCACUCUUCACACUGAAGCUGGACCAGCAUCACAGAUGGGAAGCAAGAAGCUGGGACAAAAGGUGAAAGAAAGCCUGACUUUGUAGCCUGCUGGCUAGCAGGAAAGAAGGGCUCUGUGUUGUGCUCCCAGGUUUCUAGGGUGUUUGUCUAUAUGUUGCACAGAGAAGCACUUACUAAAAAAGCAAAAAUAACCAGAGGCAUAUGUACUGGAUCCCCUGACUCCUCAGCCUUCCUACCGAGCUCCCUUCCAACUGGCUCUGUGUACCCAUGCUCUAGUCUCAGCAGUGGAAAUCCAUGGUGGUAAGGGCACAGGAGACAAGCAGCUGUGGAAGAUUAGGUUAGUUUGGAUAAAGUCUAAAAUGCCUGCCAAAAAUGCCAGUCACCUAGUGCCUGCAACAGAGCUUCUUUCUGCAAAGUGGAAGAAGCAUCAUUACCAUCACGUCUUAAAACUGUAGGUGAGUAGAUUUUAUGCAAAGGAAUGAUUUGAGUCCAGAAGUCCAUAAACCCACUCUUGCAGCUGCACUAAACUGAACUCUGCAGCUGAGAAAUGCACAAAGUUCAGUCAUGCUUUCUUCAUAAUUCACUUUCUCUCCUCCACUCAAAGUGCACUGAACUGUGCAAUUUGAGGUCUGUAAAUGGCACUGCAAGAAUCAAAGAGGCAAGAAUCAGUGAUAAGAGUGCCACCCUUCUGGUUUUGGGGAAGGAUGUUACUGUAAUGAGCACUUGUAUGUCUUAGUCCAGAAGACCUUUGAGGUAUAAAUUAUGAUUUCAUCACAUUUCAAGCAAUAUAUUUCUGAUUCAAGAUAGGUAGCUUCUAAACUAACAGAUUAGGAAUGUACAACCAAAGGAAAAAAAUAAAAUAACUUUCCUCCCUUUUUCUCAGGUUUGAAGUUUUAUAUUUAGCAGGUCAUAACAAAUCAUCUGUAUUGAAAUUGUACAAAGAUUUCUGAAUCUCUUCUGUUUGCGUUUCCUCAUUGUGCCAGAGAAAUUAUUCAACUUUCUUUUAUGAAAGGAUAGGUUUUAGCUUUUGUACUGACAGUGAGCAAGCAAGCAAAUACAGUUCUGUACAUAAAAAUCAACAAAUAAAUUCAGCUACACCAAAA